CACUUUACUACUUUCCUGUUUUCCUCCGAGAGGUGAGCUGAGUAUAGCUGAAGUGAGCAUCGAAAGGUUUGUACGAACGAGCAGUACUCAUAGAAAAAGACAGAAUAGUGAAAACGUGGUUCACGCGAGUCGGCUGCAGUCUGCUGUGUUACGCAAUCCAUUUCGUGCGACCGAAUGUGUUAUCGUUCGUGCUAUCUCAUCUCGUCGGAGUGCGGAAGGGAAAUUGGUGUCCGACAAUGAUACGUCGCGUCCGCGAGAUGCGAUGGAGGUUAUGAGUGCAUUCAUGCGAAUGAUUCUCGGCUGUGAAUGAUCAUUGCAGAGGAUCCACACGUGUCUAUGUUCGUCGGCAUCGGUUUUUGCGAAUGAAAUUACGUGAAAUCGAUGUUGCACGUGAUCACGAGCGAACUGAAGGAGUCGCGAGUGGUGUGGCUGCGAGGUAGCGCUGAAAGUUGGCGGCGAGUCGGCCGGUGUUCGAGCAUUAAUUAUUCGAAAAAGUUUUUCGCACGUGUUGCAUGGUGCAUUGGGAAAAACGGAAGCGUUAACCAGAAAUCCCCUCUAAAGCGAGAGAAUUCCUACGACACGAGCGGGAAAGCGGUAGUCUGCUCAAGUGUUUACGAUAACACGAUACGACGCCAUUUUCGAUCGCUCGAACGAAUAACGUGAGAUCAGUCAGUGAGACGUGACUCGAGCACGUACCGAGUAUCAGAUACUCGCUCUAACCCUUCCCCCCCCCCCCCCCUUGACAAUCCCACAAGACUUUCGUGCUGAAGUGUGCAUCGUUUAGGACUGAGCAAGUUGUGUAUAAAUAUAAAUGGCGUCUGACGAAAAAUGGUACUUCACGAAGGAGCAACUCGCAAACUCACCGAGCAAGAGAUGCGGUAUCGACGCAGACAAGGAGCUGAGCUACAGGCAACAAGCGGCGAACUUCAUUCAGGACAUGGGACAACGGCUCGUGGUAUCCCAGUUGUGCAUCAACACAGCCAUAGUUUAUAUGCACAGAUUUUAUGUGUUCCAUUCACUGACACAAUUUCAUCGCAAUGCCAUCGCAGUAGCAGCCCUUUUUUUGGCAGCAAAGGUAGAGGAGCAGCCGAGGAAGUUAGAACAUGUUAUCAAAAUGGCAUAUAUGUGUCUUCACAGAGAUCAACCACCUCCUGAUAGCAGAUCUGAACAAUUUCUCGAGCAGGCUCAAGAUCUAGUAUUUAAUGAGAAUGUCCUUUUACAAACAUUAGGAUUUGAUGUUGCCAUUGAUCAUCCACACACACAUGUAGUAAGGUGUUGUCAGUUGGUCAAAGGUAAAGCAAGCAAGGACUUAGCUCAAACUUCAUACUUCAUGGCAUCUAACAGCUUACAUUUGACAACAAUGUGUCUACAAUAUAAACCAACAGUUGUAGCCUGUUUUUGCAUACAUCUUGCGUGCAAAUGGUCAAACUGGGAGAUACCACAAAGCACCGAAGGAAGGCAAUGGUUUUGGUACGUGGAUAGAACUGUAACUUCGGAACAGCUCGCGCAACUCACCAGUGAAUUUCUUCACAUAUUCGACAAGUGCCCAUCGAGAUUAAAGAGAAAAAUCAUGAGCAUAUCUGCAAACCAAAGUCCAAUCAUACAUCAACCAAGUCUACCAAAUUCUCCAUUUGAUGCCGAGCCACACAAAAUACAAUCUCCGGUAAUGACAAUGAUGGAUGGUAUCUCUCAUUCGAGUCGUUCUCAUCAUAUGCAACCGGAGAAACAGGAGAAGCAGGAUGAGAAGAAAGCCGGAGCCACUGUGGGACCAUCGACGUCGAGAGCAGCUGUAGAUUAUCGAGAGUAUCGCGAGAAAAAGGAGCGGGAGCGCUUGGAGCGCGAGAAGGCAGCAGCUGCGGCGAUUGGAGGCGGUCACCUUGUCGACCCGAAACAUCAUUCGCAUCACCAUAAACCCGUGACGAACCCGAGUGUGCCGAGUAAGCAUCAGAUGCCAUCGGUGCAGAAAGGAACCACUCUUCAUCAUAAUCAUCAUCACCGACCAGAUAUGAAAGUUGGUCAGCCAGUGCAACCACAGAGACAUUCGAUCAGUAGUCAACCCAGAGAACCCAACCGUGAUCCCAGUAGGCAACGAUUGCCGAGAGAACCAAACGUUGGUGUGGCUCAUUCGUCACACGCUCAUGUCAAUUUAGAUAGUUCCUCAUCCGAGUCCGCAUUGCAUAGGACAGACGGCGCUUCGCAAGACCUCGCAUCCUCGAUGCACACCAAUCUGCAGGAGAAGCUGAGUAAUAACAAUCACAGUGGUCAUAGAUUAAAUGCACUCGACAGCAAGCAUCAGCAGCACGACAAGAGGAUGUAUCGGGGCGAGGAUCCAAGGCUUAAAUCUGCAAAGUACGCGGACAUGAACAGAAUCGAGAAUCAACGACGAAAGGCGGAGACGUUGGAGCAGAGGUGCGAGGAGGUGCGGAAGCUGAUUGAGAAACCGCUACCACCACCGAAGCAGGUGGAUGUACCGUACUUGAUGAAUGCGCAGCAGAAGCAGCAGCAGCCACAUCACUCCAAGUACAGUCAGCAAGCGCAAGAUAAGUCGCAGGGUGUCCCAAUGUCGGGCGACGUGAAACACGCCACCGGCCAGAACGCGCUCCCGCAAGAUAAAUCACCCGUGUCGACGUUGUCGUCGCAAGCGCUGCAAAAGACUGUUCCCGCGAAGGCGCAAAUUCAUAAUCCACAUACGACGCAAGGUGUGUCUCAGAUCCUGAAGGAUACCAUCAAGAAUGGUUCCCAGUCGAGUCUCAGCAGCAUGGACGAUCCGAAGUCGGAGAAGCGAUCGCGGACGGCCGUACACGAAACGGCUGAGAAGAACAGCGCCGAGAGAAAUUCUGCUGAGAUUCAACAACAGAGCUCUCACGUACACACGCCGCCCAGCAAGCACAGAUCGCUCUUCAGCCCGGAGACACCGACCCCGCGGGAACCGCACGUCCAGAGGCCUAAAUCGAAGCAAAAGACGCCACCCUCCGUGGUGAAGAUAAAACAGGAGCCGCGUGCAUCACCGUUUGCAAGCCCCUCGACUUCGCAAGACUCGGUAGUAGCGAAACGGCCGAUCGGAGACAGUGUGGCGUCUUCGCACAAGAGGCUUCGCACGUCGAGCAUCGGCGAGAGUGAGCCGCCGAUAAAAAUAAAAACGGAAAUCAAGAUUGAGGAUGCUUCCAGUCUGGAGGCGAUGAAGUUACUCGGUCGUGUGCCUGAUCUAAUUCAGCCGAUACGUGAUAAUUCUUCGUUGUCAUCGAAUGGUAGGAGCAGCGGUGCAUCGUUGGUGAUGAACGAUCUGAAUCUGCCGGAGCUUAACAAACCAUUCGAGCCAGAUACGCUUCGUUUCAACGCGAUGACGCAACACAAGGUCUCGUCAAUGAACGUGCACGCGCUGACGAAUGGUAUCGAUCUUAAUAUAGUUAAACAAGAGUCUCUAGAACAUUGCAAGAAGGAGCCUUUAGAACAUUAUUCGAGGAAGGAGACAUCAGGACACAGAGUCCCGGAACCGUUGCAUCCUCAUCUACAGUCGAAGCUGGAAUACACGUCGCCGAUGAAGUCCGCACAAAGUAUAAGCGCGUUGCUUCAGGAGACUCUGGCACCGAUGCCAUCAUUGUUGCAAGGCCUACAACAACAUACUCAAGUACCUGCUCCGCAAAUGCAUCAAGAGCUGCAGCAGCAACAACAGCAGCAGCAUCAUCAUCACUUGCAGCAACACCAGCAGCAGCAAUCCAUUUCUCAUUCAUUGAUGGAUCAUCAGCUGCCAAUGACAACUCAAUGCUUGUCCGUGCCGACCACGAGUGAUAAUCUCACGCCAAUUGCUUCGACUGUAGACAUCAGCGCUCUUUCCUGCGUACCGAUGACGCAAUCAAGCGGCAGUACGACAGAAUGUGUAUUGCCAACAACCUCAGCCUCUACGACGGUGGUCGUGGUUCCGCCGGCAGAGGAGAAGAGAUCGGAACACCACAAAAGCGAGAAGAAGAAGAAGAAGGAGAAACAUAAGCACAAGGAUAAGGAUAAGAGUAAAGAAAAGCAUAAGCACAAACACAAGGAUAAGGACAAGGAGAAACAUCGAGAAAAGAAGGUAAAAGGGAAGAGCGAGGAGACACCGACAGCGGCGCGCAUCAAGAUCACUAUACCCAAGGACAAGCUGAAUCUGAGCACCGAAUCGUCGCCGAAUGUAAAUAGCGGGAGCGGCACUAGCACUGGUAUGUCGGACAAGAACAUAUCGUCGCAGAGCACACGAUUGAAAAUCAAGAUCCCGAAGGAUCGGCUCAAGAGUAACGACGGCGCGUCCGCUUCGUCGCCCGCGCAGCCCGCGGUGAUGCAGGGCCCGCUCAAGAUCAAAAUACGUACCGACGGGAUUCCGAGGAGCUCGGCAGCGGCGCAGCCGUCAUUGCCGCCGCUCCCACCGCAGUCAUCAUCCUCAUCAUCGAGCGUCUCCACGCACCUGACAUCGACCAUCGAGUCGUCCGCGAAUGAAACGAAUCGGAAACGCGCGCUGGUCGAGCCGACCGGCGACAAUUCGACGAUCAGCGGAUGCACGCCCGCGAAAAAGCAGCCGCUGAUGCCGCCGACAAGUUACAGCCAGGGCCAUCGACCCGGAGAAAGGCAGAACGGCAGGCACUAUAACUCCGGCAGCAAUAAUAAGGAGAGACACACGUCCAGCCAUCACAAAAACUCCAACAAGCUGCCGCAGUCGCAACAGUCCCACACGACGUAGUAUGUUAGCGGGCAAAGCGAUAAGGACGUGCCGAACGAUUUGUCCAUCUCGAAGAGAAGAUCGUUAAUUUGCCACUUCACCCUUUCAUGCCGCCGACCGUUUUUCCCUUUACCGCAACAAGGAUCAUCUUUCUGCGUCUUCUCUUUUGUCCCAUCUUACAUCCUUCCGCUUUGUAUUUCGACAAGGGAAGGAGGCCUCCUCCUAUAUCAUUGCACGAUGAUGAUUCUAAGUGUGUUAGCUCAAGCUUUUGACGGAAAUCGGAAUACAUUUUGACAUCAAAAGCUUUGGGAUGGAAAAAUGUGAACAAAAAAGAAAGAAACGUGAUGUUGAUUUCAAGCUGAAAUAUGGCUUACGUUUUUAAUUGUUUGCGUACUAAUCCUCCUCUCAUUCACUUGCUUUCUUUUCCGUUUGCAUAGUGCGCGCACAAGUGUUGAUCCUGAAGUGUGGAUGAUCCUUGUCAAUUCACAGAACUGCAAAUAAUGUUGUUAAAUUAUUUACGUUCCAAUCGCGGAUUAAUCGUUUGCGGCGAUCCACUUGUUGCGGUUAUUAAACAUCCAUUGUUGAGCGUUUCGCUAUUCUCCACGCAAACGCGUCCCGCUCAGUUAUAUUUGAGCGAAAUAUAAAAAAUAAUUAAUCAUUUCUUUAAUCUUUCUCUCUCUCUCUCUCUCUCUCUCUUUUCUUUAUUUUUCUUAUUUCUUAAGUGAAAUAUUCUUCCAAUGAAUUCGUGUGAAUAGCGAAACGUUCAGCCGGAAAAAUGCGGUUAACAUGUUGCUUUGGGUAGUGCAUGGAGGUGUACUUUGCGGUGCAAAUUACUUGAGAUAAAUUUUGUACUUGGGAGUUUCGUAAAGAGAGAAAAUGUCUUUAAGAGGAUAGAAACCGGGGGCUGUUCUUAGACUCUUUAUUCGCAUUGUCUCGUCACUUAGUGAUAUUUAUCUUGUCGUUCUCCACGUGGGGGAACGUACACAUAUUCCUCGCCGAAUGAAUUCUUCAUCCAAAUAAAUAAAUUACCAACGAUUGGUUGGUUUGUUGCAGAGGAGAAUUUGGCAAGAUAAUAGAUUAAUUUCGGUAGUCUUUACUAGUUGAAUCGAAUAAAAAUCUUAAGUAGAUUAAAACUGAUAAUAAAUCUAAUAGAAGUUGACUUGUUUCGCUCAACUCGGAGACUAAUAGAUAGAUGGAAAAAAUUGCAUACUUGUAUUAUACGUAUAUUAGCAUUGUAUUAUUAUGUAAAAGCCGCUUUAGAUUGUUUUUUUAAACGAGGUAAUAGCUCUUAUUACGUUACGUUACUGUUAGAAAGUCGCCUCGCGACCUCGAGUACAUUAUGCAUUUAACAAAUGCCUUAUAUUUUCGGCUGUGUUUUAAUGAUACUUUGUUUCUUCUCACACGCAUCGUCAAUGCAAUAUACCGUCUUUACGCGGAGAACACGUCAUCCAUUUUUCUUCACGAUGAUUCGGUGUUCUCAGAUCCUCCCGUUCGAAUAAUUCACCCCAUCAGAGUCCAUCAAGUAUAUGCCCAUGCUACUGAUUGUUCUGCGAGAUCAAUUCGCGACCGAAUGUCUCUACAACGAAGCGAUCGAUUCAAUUAAAUAAAACAAAUGCAUACACACACACACACACAUACGGAUAUAUGAUUCGCGCACGCAGUAAAAUAUCUGCUCGAUGAUGCCCGAUGGUAUUUAUAUAUUGUGUCGUCUUAUUGUGUAAAUAGUUCUCUACUCGCAUAAUGUAGGAAGUAAAUAUUAUAUUAUCGUAAUUUAGUUAUAAGUGACUAUAAAGUAAUAUUGAUAUUACCGACAGACUGUAAAUAAAAUUAUUUUGUAUGCCAAAAGAAACCAAAUGAGAAUGAACUCUACUCCGAAGCACGAUGAUGUCACAUGUAGUCGAAUGCGUAAGCGUAAAAUGUGGAGACCUGGAAAAUGUAUAUCAAUAUUCACACCUACACGCACCUACGUACCUACGUGCAUUAAAGAUGUAUAAAGUUACGCGCAAUCGCUCAGCGAAAUCGAUGUUUACGUGCGCGCGGGGUUUCUUUGAUAUAAUAAACGCGCUGAUUACGAUUAUUAUUAUAUUUUCGGCAAUACGCGAGACAACUAUAUAGGUUCAAAGUGCGUUUUAAUAAUCGUCCAAUCUACAUUUUCUUCUUUUCUUCCUUCCCUUGUAACAUGAUUUAAGUUAAGCGAAGUUGCGCGAAUUACGGAUUGCGUAAUAAUGGCACGAGACAAACUGAUUUGUUCAACCAUCGUGUCUCUCGUAUGUUUAGUAGUAUUUAUAUCGUCGAAAUUUAUAUUGGAGGCACGCCGAAGAAAGUGUAGAUAUCAAAUUAAUUAAUUCACGAGUAUUCGUGCCGCCCCCAUCGUGAAAACGGGAUUUUUAAUCGAGUUUCAUGUUCGAUCUUUUUUUCCUUGUUUUCUUUUCCUUGAUGAUGAUGAAGAUGUAUAUCCGACACAAUAAUAUCACGAUGUUGCGUUCCGUGAUGUAAUAAAUAUUUUUUUAUUUUCAUUACAGUAAGGAGGAAUAGAGAAAGCGAGAUGAUGACAAAUUUAUUUCAUUGUGUCGGCAUAUAUCUCUUGUCUCAAUUAUUGUUCGAUCACACCUCUGAGAGGAAAAAGAAAGAGAAAGAGCGAGAGAACUGCAAAGCUAGAUUAAGUUUCUUUUUCUUUUCUUUGCAACUUUUCUUUGCUAAAAAAACUUUUUUGUUCUUUCUCUCUCGGCUACGCGUGCGUGGGGUAUGUAUUUAUCACUAUUAAUUAUGUUCGUUGAUACAUGAUGAUUAUUAUCACGAUUGACGAUAUAAAUAAUAUGAGCUGUUGGGCAAGGACAAUCUAAAUCACAGUGAGUGAAGAUAAUAUUUCUUUGCAAGUUUGCAUUUUUGUUAGCAUGCGAACUUCAGUGUAAAAGUUCAGAGUAAAAGGGACGAUGAAAAAUCCGUUGUAACUUUUCCUGUGGAAAAUUUUAAUUUUUCUUUAUUGUAGAAUUAUAAAAAAAAAAAAAUUUUUUUACGUUAAGAUAUAAAUCUUCUUUCGUUUGAUUACGAAAUCGAAGGGGGAGAGGAAUAUUAUGCUCUAUAUUAUGCUUAAUCGACUAUUGUUGAUUACUCUUAGAUUUAAAUGACCGUAACUCAACGGCUCGUAUUUGGGAAAACUAACUGUAAACGAACGUCCGAAUGAUCCUUGAUGACUGGCGCAGUCCGUCAUCAUCGAUCGAUUUCUUCAAGCGCGAUGCACUUAGAAAUGAAGCGAUCGAGCGUGCGAAUGGCACGCUCCGUCGUCGUAGGAAUCGGCGACUAGUGAAAGUCGAUGGAAUUGUCGUUGUCCACAAUACUGUACAUAAUAACUCUAGCUCGUAAGGACUUAGAGAAAUAACAACCGCGGAUGCGAAAAUGCGUACGCGACAAACAAGGAAAUAUAACUCGCAUUACUAACGCUCGUGAAAGCCGUGUGCACUCGCGAAGUUUUCCUCGGUCGCGCCUGGAAAGGAACUUUGUUUUGUUCGCUGUUGCAAAAUAAUACAGAUGAUAAGGCAAAUGAUAAGGAAGUGGGAGCACGUGCAGGCAUUUUUCUUUUUUGAGAUCUAUCAAGGUAACCGGGAUAGAUCCGUCGUUUUAAUUUGUGUUCUUAUUUUGAGGCGAAGGACGUGUGUGGGCGUUCCCAAGUAGCAAAGUGACCUCAGAAGACGCCAUUACGUCGUUUUCACUUUGCUACUUAGAUUGUUGAAGUUGAACUUAAAGUCUCUCAACUAAAAGGCGCGACCGGGGACUCGGCUGGAACGAAUCGAGUUUGCCUAGUUUAAGGCAACGUUCAACAGUUAUCCUCAAUAAAGAAAGAAGCAAACAAACAUUAA